UCUGUAUUAACUGGAAAAGACAGACUCUGGAACUUUUACAGGGCGAGAAGAGGCCACCGGCUCGCGCUUUGUAUACUUUGCACUUGAAAUCGUUACAUUCAACUGAAUAUUUGGCUCAUUCAGAUCCGAAAAGUCUCCUAGCAUCAUCGAAUUCCCUCCUCCGCCCCUCAGCUGAAAGGAGGGAGGUGGGGGGGGGGGGGAAGGUAGGAAAAUGUUUAGUAAAUUGCACAUCUUUGAAUCUUCCUAAAGCAGUGGUCACAAAGCUUAAAGGUGACACAACAGUGCUCACGUAAAGCCAACACACAUUCCCCACCCCCCAAGCCAACAAUAAAAUCAUCCCCUUCAAUUUGCCAUGAUCGUCGCGACCAGGAGCCAGGUGAUUAUCCUAAUUAAUGUCUAUCUAAUUAAAUUACUGUCAGCAGUUAACCAAUGGCAGGAGCCGUUUCAUCGGCUGCACAAGCAGCAAGAUCAAAAGUGAGCCUUUUCUGAUUGCUGCAUAGUGUCAAUUGGCCAAUCUCUUCUCCCAGGGAAAAAAAAAAGUAAAUCAAACCUUUGAGAAGCAUUUGCUGGUUGAAGUGCUUUCUGUCUAGUGAGGGGGUCUGUGGAUUUCUAGUUUAUGAUAAAUAGGACUUUAAAAACCAGGGACAGGAGGGCGAGUGUUCAGGUUCUAGAGCUAUGCAGCUGGAGCACUGCCUUUCUCCUUCUAUCAUGCUCUCCAAGAAAUUUCUCAAUGUGAGCAGCAGCUACCCACAUUCAGGCGGAUCUGAGCUUGUCUUGCACGAUCAUCCCAUUAUCUCGACCACUGACAACCUGGAGAGAAGUUCACCUUUGAAAAAAAUUACCAGGGGGAUGACGAAUCAGUCAGAUACAGACAAUUUUCCUGACUCCAAGGACUCACCAGGGGACGUCCAGAGAAGUAAACUCUCUCCUGUCUUGGACGGGGUCUCUGAGCUUCGUCACAGUUUCGAUGGCUCUGCUGCAGAUCGCUACCUCCUCUCUCAGUCCAGCCAGCCACAGUCUGCGGCCACUGCUCCCAGUGCCAUGUUCCCGUACCCCGGCCAGCACGGACCGGCGCACCCCGCCUUCUCCAUCGGCAGCCCCAGCCGCUACAUGGCCCACCACCCGGUCAUCACCAACGGAGCCUACAACAGCCUCCUGUCCAACUCCUCACCGCAGGGCUACCCCGCGGCCGGCUACCCCUACCCACAGCAGUACAGCCACUCCUACCAAGGAGCCCCUUUCUACCAGUUCUCUUCCACACAGCCCGGACUGGUACCCGGCAAAGCUCAGGUGUACCUGUGCAACAGGCCCCUCUGGCUGAAAUUUCACCGCCACCAAACGGAGAUGAUCAUCACCAAACAAGGAAGGCGCAUGUUUCCUUUUUUAAGUUUUAACAUUUCUGGUCUCGAUCCCACGGCUCAUUACAAUAUUUUUGUGGAUGUGAUUUUGGCGGAUCCCAAUCACUGGAGGUUUCAAGGAGGCAAAUGGGUUCCUUGCGGCAAAGCGGACACCAAUGUGCAAGGAAAUCGAGUCUAUAUGCAUCCGGAUUCCCCCAACACGGGGGCUCAUUGGAUGCGCCAAGAAAUCUCUUUUGGAAAAUUAAAACUUACAAACAACAAAGGAGCUUCAAACAACAAUGGGCAGAUGGUGGUUUUACAGUCCUUGCAUAAGUACCAGCCCCGCCUGCAUGUGGUGGAAGUGAACGAGGACGGCACGGAGGACACCAGCCAGCCCGGCCGCGUGCAGACGUUCACUUUCCCCGAGACUCAGUUCAUCGCCGUCACCGCCUACCAGAACACCGAUAUUACACAAUUGAAAAUAGAUCACAACCCCUUUGCAAAAGGAUUUCGGGAUAAUUAUGACACGAUCUACACUGGCUGCGACAUGGACCGCCUGACCCCCUCGCCCAACGACUCCCCGCGCUCGCAGAUUGUGCCCGGGGCCCGCUACGCUAUGGCCGGUUCUUUCCUGCAGGACCAGUUCGUGAGCAACUACGCCAAGGCCCGCUUCCACCCCGGUGCGGGCGCGGGCCCCGGGCCGGGCACGGACCGCAGUGUGCCGCACACCAACGGGCUGCUGUCGCCGCAGCAGGCCGAGGACCCGGGCGCGCCGUCGCCGCAGCGCUGGUUUGUGACACCGGCCAACAACCGGCUGGACUUCGCCGCUUCGGCCUACGACACAGCUACGGACUUCGCGGGCAACGCGGCCACGCUGCUCUCGUACGCGGCCGCGGGCGUGAAAGCGCUGCCGCUGCAGGCGGCGGGCUGCACCGGCCGUCCGCUCGGCUACUACGCCGACCCGUCCGGCUGGGGCGCGCGCAGCCCCCCGCAGUACUGCGGCGCCAAGUCGGGCUCGGUGCUGCCCUGCUGGCCCAACAGCGCCGCGGCCGCCGCCCGCAUGGCGGGCGCCAACCCCUAUUUGGGCGAGGAGGCCGAGGGCCUGGCCGCCGAGCGCUCGCCGCUGCCGCCCGGCGCCGCCGAGGACGCCAAGCCCAAGGACCUGUCCGACUCCAGCUGGAUCGAGACGCCCUCCUCCAUCAAGUCCAUCGACUCGAGCGACUCGGGGAUUUACGAGCAGGCCAAGCGGAGGCGGAUCUCACCCGCCGACACGCCGGUGUCCGAGAGCUCGUCGCCGCUCAAGAGCGAGGUGCUGGCCCAGCGGGACUGCGAGAAGAACUGCGCCAAGGACAUAGGCGGCUACUACGGCUUCUACUCGCACAGCUAGGCCGGCCCUGCCCGCCCGGCUCCGCGCCCCGCCGCGGCCCGGCCCCCUCCCGCCUCCCACCCCCAGCCAGCCCCUCGCAGCUC